AUGGUGAUGGAUUCAGAUGCUACUAGAAAUGAAGGUUCUGAUGACACUGAUUUUAGCUUUGCAUUCAACGAUUCUACUUUUUCAGAUAGAAUCAUUCAACUCGAAAUCAUGAACGAUCUUUUUGAAGUUUGUACUAAUGCCGAGAGUUGCUUCACAAGUGCAAAUCGAACUAGUCGCAACGAAUGGAGAAGGGAGGACAUCCAGAAAGACAAUGACUUAUUUUUGGAACAGCCUAACAUAGAUGAUUGUGCGCCGCAUAAGCAUCAUGAUGCAGAGGUAGAAGCAAUGGUUGAAGUGUCCACGACUGGUUAUAUGGCUGUUAACGCUGAUGAGAUUGCAAAUUUUCACAUGGACUACUCUGCAGUUGUUAAAGUGAAGACAUUGUAUGUCAGCUCCGCCAUCCUAGCCGUGAAGAGCUUGUUCUUCUACAAGCUCUUUUCUAACGGGAUGAUGGAGUCCAAGCAGAAGCACAUCAUCCUAAGAAUCACUGCAUCUGAGGAAGCUCCAUUCAUGGAACUUUUGAAAUUUAUGUACAACAGUUCUCUAAACGUCACCUCACCGCCUAGCUUACUGGAUGUCUUAAUGGCAGCAGACAAGUUCAAUGUAGCGUCUUGCAUGAGAUACUGUAUCCGGGUAUUGUUGAACAUACCCAUGAAACUAGAGUAUGCAUUGCUCUACCUAGAGCUUCCUUAUAGUGUCGUGAUGGAUGAUGUUGUUCUGCCAUUGAUUGUAGCAGCAAAACAGUAUCUCGUUUCUCGUUACAAGGACAUCAUAAAGCAUCGGGAGGAGUUGAUGGGAUUUCCACUUGCUGGGGUUGUAGCAUUAUUAUCCAGCGAUGAGUUGCAGGUCGCAUCUGAGGAUGUAGUGUGCGACUUCAUGCUGAUGUGGGCUCGAACCCAAUACCCAAGACUGGAAGAGAGGAAAGAAGUUAUAAGAGCAAAACUUAUCCCCUUCAUCCGCUUCCCAUACAUGACAUGUCGCAAGCUGAAGAUGGUCCAGAGUUGCAAUGAAUUCGAACAUGAAGUCACUUCUAAGCUAGUAUUUGAUGCCUUGUAUUUCAAGGCUCAGGCACCACACCAGAAACGAAUACUAGCGGCGGAAUCGACUUCCAUUAACCGCUUCUUUAUUGAGCGGUCAUACAAGUAUCGUCCCAUUAAAGUUGUGGAAUUUGAAUUUCCACUUCAACAGUGUGUGGUCUACUUAGACCUAAGGCGGGAGGAGUGUGCCAACUUGUUCCCCUCUGGCCAAGUUUGUUCACAGGCCUUCCAAUUAGGCGGUCAUAGGUUUUUCUUGUCAGCGCAUUGUAGUAUGGACCAACAGAGCUUCUACCAUUGCUUCGGUUUUUAUUUUGGCAUGCAGGAGAAGGACUCUGCGAACUUCAGUGUUGAGUAUGAAUUUGCUGUUCGGUCGAGGCCUACCUUAGAAUACAUUAGCAAAUAUAAAGGCAACUUUAUAUUUACCGGGGGACGAGCAGCGGUCGGUUACAGAAAUUUUUUGUCCACACCUUGGACAUCGUUCAUGGCAGAGGACAACCUAAUUUUCUUCAUUAACGGUGUUCUCCAUCUUAGAGUUGAGAUAACAAUGAGAAACUAG